AUGUGGAUUAUCAACUGGUUCUACGAUGUGCUCUCGAAUCUUGGCUUGCUGAACAAGCAUGCCAAGCUCCUAUUCCUCGGUCUGGAUAACGCUGGCAAGACGACUCUCCUGCACAUGUUGAAGAACGACCGUGUUGCCAUUCUCCAGCCCACUCUCCAUCCCACCUCCGAAGAACUCGCCAUCGGUAACGUUCGGUUCACGACUUUCGACCUGGGCGGCCAUCAGCAAGCGCGCCGGCUGUGGAAGGACUACUUCCCCGAGGUGAAUGGGAUCGUCUUCCUGGUGGACGCGAAGGACCACGAGCGGUUCCCCGAGGCCAAGGCGGAGCUGGACGCGCUCCUCUCGAUGGAGGAGCUGCAGAAGGUCCCCUUCGUCGUGCUCGGCAACAAGAUCGACCACCCGGAUGCCAUUUCGGAGGACGAGCUGCGCCACCAGCUUGGACUUUACCAGACUACGGGCAAGGGCAAGGUGCCCCUUGAGGGGAUCCGGCCCAUUGAGCUGUUUAUGUGCUCGGUGGUUAUGCGGCAAGGAUACGGCGAGGGUAUCAGGUGGUUGUCGCAGUACGUCUAA